CUCGUUAUGUUGAUUUCAGAAAUGACAGACACGAUUUGUCAAAACGUGUAUGUACACAUAGUAAAAAUCAAAUGUAAUUAUUAACUUAAAAAUGCUUCAAGGAUGAGUUCUAAUAAAAGAAAGAUCAUUAAAGAUGAUCGAGGUGAAAAAGAUAGUCUCAAGCAUCGACGGAGUUCGUUAAAAGUUAACCUUAGUGACACUUCAAAUUCAUCUGAAUUUGAGGAAGAAAGCAGGAGGAAAUUCCAUCUUCCGCAUAUGCCAACUUCUGUUACCGAGGAUAUAGAUAAAAUACAAUAUCCCAAAGAUGACUUAUUGAGAAAUAUCACAGUUCGCAAAAGUUCCAGACGUAUUGCAAGUAGACGUUAUAAUACACGUAAUCAUAGUAACGAUAACAUUGGAAACACAAAUGUUUCCAAUGAAGAGAAUAGAAAUGAAAAUGAUUCCAGUGUAGAAGAAUCAAUUAAAACUAAUGUAGCAUCCAAAACAAGUAUACAAACGACGGAAAGAAUUCGUAAGCUACCCAAAGUUACCCAAAAUCUUAGCAUAGUUUUAAUCGAUAUAAACAAGAAAGAGAAAUCUCAGGGUAAGAUUUGUGAACAAUUAAAGAAUGCAAUUUUACAGAAAACUAGAGAACUAUUUGAUAAACAGAAUGAACUUUCAAUAAAAACUGCCGAUGUAUUGAUCGGGGCAAAUAAUUCAUCCAAGAGUUCAAUGUUAAAUAAUCGGGUACCUCUUAUUAGCAGAGAUGAAAGAAAUGUUUUACGAGAUACUCCUUCAAAUUAUUUGACAGCCGAGAAUCAUUUAAACACUAUUCCUGAGAGUUGUACAAAUGGUGAUGAAAGCAUUAUUAGUACACCUAAAAUAAAUUGGAGGAACAGGCAAAGUGAUUCUUCUGUAUCUUCUGAAAAAACUAAUUCUUUAAGGAAAAAACUAUUUUCCAAUGAAGAUGAUUUAGCCAGCUCACCCGCAAAUCAGAGAGAAACUAAUCAUGAAAAUGAAAACAUAUAUAAGAAAUCAGAAGUUCAUUCUAAUAAUGGUACCAGCCCAAUUUUAAGUGGAAAUGGUUGCUCCAAUCGAUUAUUUGGAUGUACUCAAAAUAGCAAUAGUCCUAUAUUAAGUUGUGGUAGUACUACUUUGAAUCGCACAAGAUUGUCGCACUUGUCUCAGAAUGUGUUUACUAAUUCAUGUAACAUUGAAACAAACAAAAAGGUAUCAGAUCCUUACAGGAGUGCUAAAAAUCUAUCAAAUGGCACAAGAACAUCAGUAUCGCGAAUACAAACUAAAGAGAAUUUAUUUCUUGGAUCUCCCAUUACUUCUUCUUCUUUAAUAAAGAAAUCCGUUAGACAUGCAAAUAGUAAUGUGAACACUCUUGACAGCAAAGUAAACAGUAGUGAUUGUAAUAAAUCUAAUGACUCUGAAGAUGAUGAAAGGGCAUAUCAUAAAACUAUUACAGAUGCUACACAAAUCCCAAGGAUCUGUGCAAGUAAAAAGGAAAGUAGAAAUAUUAUGGAAAAUAAAUUAGGUAAUGUUUCAAGUAAAAAUAAAAGUAAUAAUCAUAAAGAAGGAGAGUGUGUCUCAAGUUCAACCCGACAUCACACAGUUCCUGAACAAUCUACGAAGAGUCAGAAUACUUACGAAGAAGUACCAAUGGAGUUGACAACAGUUCAAGGAAAAAUUAUUUCUAAUAGCAAGAGUUUGUCGAAUGUGUUAUCUGUUAGGGACACUGUUGUUAAUGAUGAACGCAGCAAAGAAGAUAGUGACAGUACCAUUCGAACCUCUUUGAACGUUAACACUUCUCUAGAUCCAAAUUUAGAGAUACAAGAACCCGACGAUUGUCUCAAAAUUAGGAAUAGCACAACUACAGUUCAAAGUUCAUUGCAGGUCAAUACAUCUCUUAAUCCUGUACAUGAUUCAUUAAAUCAAAGAGAUCAAAAUAAAGAUAAGAAUCAACUCACGAGAAAAAAGAGUGAAGAUAGAAUUCAAAACGAUUCUUUAACCAAUACCGAUAUACCAUAUAGUACAGAAACUGACCGAGAAAAUGAAUUUGUUUCCUUAGAAAAUAUUUCUAUCAUUGAGAGAUUACGAAAUAUUUCUUUAACGAAGGAACGAAUGUCAGAGUCUAAUUCUACAAGUACAGAUAAGAAUAAUCCAAAGAAUGCAAUAGAGGAAGGUUCUCAUAAUAAUCAAAGUAGAGGAGGUAAACGUUCUUCUUCUUUUGGAGGGAAAAGUUACAUUGAAGGAACACCAUAUCCUAUAAGCCGAUCGAUGUUAUUGAGAUCACAAUACAAAUGUAGUAUAACAAACGAAAAUCAAAAUGUACAAAAGACAGUUACUUUGGCCAAUGAACAAGGAAGCUGCCAGCAUGAAUCUUCACAUCAUCUCAUAAAUAAUGAAAGGCACAUAAGUGACGGGGAAAAAAAUGGUGAACAGGUAACUUUACGUACAAGUAGGAACCGAUCACUAAAAUUAGUUGAUUCAUCAAUAUUGAAUUAUUCAACAUCUUCGAAUGAAUCAAGAAAUAAUGAAUGUAGAGAACGUGUUAUCAUCCAAGAUUCUAUGAACCAACUUUCUUCCAAUGAAAGUGAAACACCCUCCUAUCCUGCCAACGUAUCAAGAAAAAAGAAAGUCCUGAACCAAAAAAAAAAAUUACUGCCUUUGCACGAUAGCUCCCAACCAGUAGUUUUUAGUCCUUUAGAAAAUAAAUCUCAAACUCCAAGAAAGAGAAAGCCUAAAAAUAUAUUCAAUAAAGUAAAUAAACUUCCUAAAAAACAUGUAGUAAUUAAUGAUGAUGCUAAGAAGAAGGAUACCGAUAAAAGUAAAACAAAUGACAACGAAUUAUUAUUGCAUAUAUAUUCAAGCAUCGAUCAACCACAAAAAGAAAAACCUAAAAAACGUAGAAAAAUCUUAAGUAAAAAAAUUAUAGUGAAGAAACCUAUGAAUUUAGAUAUAUUAGAUGAACUAAGAAAUUGCUCAGCAAUCACACAAGAACAGGCUGAAAAUUCUGUGAGAUUAGGACAGUCGUCGCAGGAUUUUGAAUCAAGCCAAAAAAAUUCAAAAGAUGUACAGAAAACUAAGGGAAUAGUCAUUGUUACCACAGGACUAUCAAGAGAGGAUAAAGGUACCGUGAAAAGAAUAGUACAGACCAUUGGCUCUGCUCAAAUCGAAGCAACUGUAACAAGACGUACAACGCAUGUCAUAACUACUGGUGUGCGUACAAUUAAUUUACUUCGAGCUAUUAUAAGAGGCUGCUGGUUGAUCAGUCUCGAAUGGGUUUUUAAAUCUUUGGAGUCAAGGCGAUGGUUGAACCCAGAAAAAUACGAAUUAACUCAUUUUUCUAAAGCUGUGCUUGAGAAUCGAAAGGAUCGCCAGCUGUUUGGUGCAUGCUUUGUUCCGGAGCUUUUUGCAACUUGUGGAGUGAUAUAUGUACAGAAUGGUACAACUCCACCAACACCAAUUUUAAAGGAAUUAAUAAAGACUGCUGGUGGAAGAAUCACUGAGGACCCACAAAAGGCCAAGGUGACAAUUGGUCCCGAUGGAACAAAAGAAAUUUGGGUAUUAGACUCUAUAACAACUGGAAUUUUACAACCUUUAAAUCAAUAUCAAAGAAGAUAAAUCUAUUUUAUAGAUUAAUUUUGCACAAGACUAACAUUUCAUUGAAUAUUCAUAUACAGUAAACAUGGUUGCUCAACACAUACCAAUAUAAGAUAUAUUAUUGUAAAACACCAUUGGUCCAUUUUAUUCUGAAUUUUCUUAUUUAGAGAAUAACGGAAUGACGAAUCGUAUUGACUAAUCAUAAAGUUUGAAUUGUAGUUGCACUAUCUUUAGAUUUGAGACAAUCCUUAAUUUGUUGUAUCUCUAAAAUUUGAUCCAGAAAAGUGUACACAUUUUCAAUGUACAUACAUAUGUAAAACAUGUGUAUACAUGAAAUCUAAUAAUCCAGUAAUGUAAUUAUCUAAUAAGAAUUGUAUAAUACUGCGAAUAUUUUUAAG